AUGGUAGGAAAGCUCCACGAUCACAAUAUACGGCGGUCCUCCUACCUCAAUGUUAUUCGCGUUUCAGAUAUUCAAAAAGUUCUGGACAUAAGCGGUGUGCAGACAUAUAUCAUCAACAGUGCAAGGAAUGUGUUUCUCAAUGAGAGACCCCAAUCAAGGCCUGAAAAACGCAUGACAAAUACUUGUGAAAUAUGUGCUCGAAGUCUUCUGGAUUCAUUUUGGUUUUGCUCGGUCGGCUGCAAGGAAUUGAGCGAAGCAGGGACGCCACAUUUCUUCUCUAGGCAAAGCAUCCGGGAGACAGCAGAGAAGCCUUUUCAAAGCACAAGCGGCCCAGAUUAUGGAAGAACCUCUUCCACCGUUUUACAGAGAACAACACCAUGA